UGCCAGGAUGCCGCCGGCCUGCGUCCCUAGCAACCGCUGGCCCACGUCAAAGUUUGUUCAAUAAUCGGGGGCUUAUUUAUGGCCGCGGCAGCCGGCGGCCGCAGGGAAGCCAGAGACUCACCGGGCAGCGGAUGCGGCGCAGCGGCUGUGGCCCAGAGCACCUCCCCCCGGCUUCCCGCACCCUGCCCGGUCCAACCCCAGGGGGAGGAUGGCAACAGCAACGCUCUGAGCCCACCUGGAAGAUAACACCCUUCCCCCGCGUCACCAGCCCACCGUCUCGCGGAGGCCACCACCACCUAGUCCUCCCCGCGUCUCGAUCUCCCGGAGGGGAGCGGAAAGCGAGCGAUGGCGGAAACCUUGAGGAAACUGGUUUCUAACGGAACUUUGGGAGUGUUGCAGGACAAGUUAGAGUCGUGGAUGAGGGAGUAUAACAACAACUCAUGCGAUGUAAAUUUGAACACUUGCCUGGAAUGCAUUGAACAAAUUGCCAGAGUCCAGGGACAGUUAUUCAAGAUCCUCUCAGAAUCAGCCCAGGAAGGAGGACACUUUGACGGCAUGGAAGUUAUCAAAUCACGUCUUUUGCCUUGGCUGGAGACAUCUUUUAAUACUGCCACGGCAGGGAAAUCGGUUGACAUCAUGCUCCCCUCUCUACAGGACUCAUUUGAGAAGGAUAGACGAGAUUCUGUUCUUCGUGAGCAAGACUUUAGACAAUUAGACUCUGACUUGAACUCGACUCGUUCUCAGCUCAACCAGGUUCAAGACGAUAUGUCUACAGCUGAAAAGACUCUUGAAGACACCAAGGACAGAUCGUCCAUAUCCAUUAUGGCUGCAGAGGAGGAAAUAAAUCAGCUAAGAAAGCAGCUAAAAUCUCUUCAAGCCCAGGAAGAGGCACGUCACAGAAGCAGCAUUGACCAACGAAACUCAGAAUUUAGGCGCUCAGAAGUACCUCGGGAGUCAGAAUUGAGGUUCUCAGAAAAGCGGCCUCCGGAAAGUAGAUUGCUGGAGAGAAGGAGAACCACAAUUGAUUCGACCGUUUCCGAGAGGCCAUCCAUUGUGGAUCAGCAGAGCUCGGGGAUAUCUAGGCCCACCAGGAGCCGCUCGCAGAGCCCCUCGGCGCGCCCCAGCCGCCCGGAGACUACGAGCCGCACCCGGCCGGUGAGCCAGAGCCGCAGCCGGCGCGAGAGCCAGAGCCGCAGCCGGCCCGUGAGCCAGAGCCGCAGCCGGCGAGAGAGCCUGAGCCGCAGCCGCAGCCGCCACCGGCCCGAGAGCCGCAGCCAGAGCCGCCACGACCGCCUGGACGAGAGCCGCAGCCGCAGCCAGAGCCCCGAGCGCAGCCGCAGCCGCUCGUGCAGCCCCGGCGGCAGCCGCUCCCGCAGCCGGCCCGAGAGCCCGACGGCGCUGGCCGCGCAGGCCCGCAGCCCGUCCCCGAGCCGCGCCAAGGGCUCGAGCGUGGCGCGCAAGGCGGCGCUCCUGUCCCGCUUCAGCGACGCCUACUCGCAGGCGCGCCUGGACGCGCAGUGCCUGCUGCGGCGCUGCAUCGACAAGGCCGAGACGGUGCAGCGCAUCAUCUACAUCGCCACCGUGGAAGCGUUCCAUGUAGCUAAAAUGGCAUUCAGACACUUCAAGAUUCGUGUGAGGAAAUCACUGACACCGUCCUAUGUGGGGUCCAAUGACUUUGAGGAUGCUGUUUCAGAUUACAUCAUUUGUCAUCUUGACCUAUAUGACUCCCAAAGCAGUGUUAACGACGUGAUCCGAGCCAUGAACGUCAAUCCCAAGAUUUCCUUUCCUCCGGAGGUUGACUUUUGCCUCCUCAGUAGUUUCAUCCAGGAGAUCUGUUGCAUUGCUUUUGCUAUGCAGACCUUGGACCCACCCCUAGACAUAGCAUUUGGAGCUGACGGAGAAAUUUUUAAUGAUUGCAAGUACCGCCGCAGCUAUGACUCGGAUUUCACUGCUCCCUUGGUCUUCUACCACGUGUGGCCUGCUCUCAUGGAGAAUGACACUGUCAUUAUGAAGGGAGAAGCUGUCACCAAGCGAGGGGCUUUUUGGAAUUCAGUGCGAUCUGUAACUCGAUGCCGAAGCAGGAGUUUAAGUCCCGUCUACCCCCGUAGUCACAAUUGCUUAAACAUGAUAUCUCGAAGUCGAAGUCCUUCUCCAAUAAGUUGUGUAUUGCCAAGGUUUUGAACUACCUGAUAUGUUCUUUUGCCACAGAACAUCCGCAGCCACGUCCUCCCCAGCGUCUCCGUCUUCCUGCUGGGCCUGCUUAAGCCUCACUUAAGAUAAUGUGAAAAGGCAAUUCUGUGUAUCACUCCACACAGAAAGUUAAAUGCUUUGGUUUAGAGCGUUUCCAACGUCAAAAAUAUUGCAUUCUAUUUUAUUUUAUAGCUACAGAUGCCAUCAAUUCGAUAAAAACUCUUGCCUAGGUGUUUAGGAUCAUAUUCAUUUGAAGCAAAGUCCAUGCCAUAGACUUUUGGGCUUUUUUUUUUUUUGGCCUGAAAUAUGAAUGAGGCUUAAAAAAAAAAGUCACUAAAUUAGGCAUAGGGAGAAAAAUCUUGGCCUUGAAUUCCAAAGACAAAUUCUUACAGUUUAUAGAUUGAUCCUAAACUCAUAAUUGCUUGUGUUGGCAUUACCUUGAGAACAAUAUUGGGGAAUUAAUGGUUCUGAAGUUGUGGAAGACAGUCAUAGCUCAGGUGGGGCACAGGUACCGGCGACUUCAGACAAAAUUUAGAGGAGGACUGAAAGGAAUACAACCCACUGGCUUCUCUCUUCCCCCUUUUCAGAGGGUGCAGUUGGUUUGAGACACGUAUCCGUUAGAGAAGCCGCUUGCUGGAGGGAAUUUUCUCACUUUAUGUGUGUACAGCAGUGCUUUGACUAGAAGCCAGCCUGGAGAUAAUUGCCACUGUUUUGUGUUUCUCUCCAGGGUAUGCUUCAUAUUUGAAUGCCCUUAUUUUAUUAUAGAAGCUACCCAGGAGCCACCUUAGCUGUUCUGCCCAGCCCUUUUUCAAAACCAGGCCUUCUGGAAACUUCACCUAGCAAAACUGAUUUAACCUUAAAUCAUGGGUCACUACUGAUGUGAAGUUAGGAUCCCUUCAUUUCUUUAUAGCGAAAUACCUCGUUGAAAUUGAAGGUCAAGUAAGUUCAGUGUUACUGUCUCCCUGCCCUGUGUCACUUCAGAGCGACCUUGAACACAAGCCAGAUGAAACGAGGAAAUGGCAGCAUUCGCUAUGAGCCUUGAGGCAAGGGAGAGUCUUAAGAGGCUCCACACCAUUGCUUACCUUCAAUGCUCACGCCUGCAUCUGCGGCUUUGCGGUGCAGAAAACAAAUUUUCCAGGGCUGUAUGGAGAUAAGACCUUUGCCUUACAUGUGGCUGAUCCCCAUUCACUCCUCCCACACAGCAUGUGACCCUGAGUCCUGCUCUGUGUCUGAGCAUGACUUCUCUAAGUCUUCCUGUGGGAGACAGAGGUAGAGACCUCAGAGAUAGAGAGAUAGAGAGAUAGAGACCUCAGCCUCUGCCUGUGGGGGCUAGUGCUCCCAAACCUAAUUUUUCUCCCUCUGUGCAUUUGUGCAGUCAUUACUGGGAGGUAAGGCAGCAGCAUGCUGGGAGGAGAAAGAAAUUCCAUCAGCUAUCUCAGUGGCCUGGGGCAAGGGAGGGGCUUGAAUGAGCCCCAUGGUGGCCUUGCCUCUCCCAGACCUCGACCUUUCUAUAAUACCUAUUUUAUUCUCACUAUACUGAACUCAAAGUUAAUAUAAUCCAGAUGUAGUAUCCUAGCUAUCAUGUAAAGCAGAAAAAAGGGAAAAAUUUUAAUAACAUUAAUUUUUAAUAAAAUGUUCAAGUAUAACCAUCUAAAAAGAGCAAAAUUAAGCUGUGAGAUGUGCUCGCACCUGUCCGUAGAAUCACCCGCCCCAAAAGCAGGGCAUCACUGUGGUACGGCAGCCGCUCAGGCGGGACGCCUGGCGAGGGGAGAGGUGCUCCGAGCUGUGACGCACUCCUGGCAAGUUCUCAAGGAAAGCCUUGACUUACACACUAAGUGUUUUCCUGGAAAAGUGGGUGCAUAUUAAAACCACAGGACAAUUACUUUAUUUUACAUGGGUAGGUAGAGGUCAGUUCUAAAACCAUGAAAUAAUUCAGACACUUGCAAAUCUUAAACUUUUGCUGGAAUCCUCGGCAGACCUGUGUGCCCACAUUGGGAAAAAGGUCCCUGUAGCCCAGUGUGUUGGCUCUGUCUGCCCAGUGCCAUUUCUCAAGUCUCUGAUGGGGACGGUGACAAUGCCGGGAACAGGAAACAGGCUAGAAUAAUUGACCAAGGAUCUCCAAAUCAAAUGAGGAUGAGCUCUUAUUGCAUUCGGGCAUGCUUUGUUGCUUCACUUCAGUGACUAUAAAAUGGAAAAGUUUUACUUCAUAAUCUGGGUAGAUUUUUCUGUAUCACCAAAUAGCAUCC